AUGGAAGAGAAGAUCGCCCUUCCCUCCGAGGGCGCCCAUGGCGAGCGAGAUGGUACUGCGACAGCAACCUGCUACUGCGGUGCCGUGCAAAUCGAGGUACCUACCGAAGGCGAGGGUCUAGUCGAUACCUUCAUCUGUCACUGCACCGACUGCCGCAAGAUCACUGCAAGCAUGUUCGCAUCCAACUUCGUAGUCAAAGACACCCACCUCAAGCACCUCCGCGGCGAAGACAAGCUCACCCGUUUCCGCCAGAAAGACACCAUCGCAACCGGUAAUUACAUGGAAAACUCCUUCUGCAGCGUGUGUGGCACCCUUCUAUAUCGCCGCAGCAGUGGCUAUCCUGGCAUGAGCAUCCCACGCAUUGGCACGAUCGACGAUUUUGGAUUGCAGGAGACCAAAUUCAAGCCGAGAAUCGAGACGUUUGAGAAGGACCGGUGCGCGUGGCUGAAGCCUGCGAGUGUCAAAGAGCACGUCGACGGGGCGUACUACACCGGCGGGAAAGAGUGGAAGAGCAUGCAUGACGGAGCUGGUGGAAAGGGCAACUAG